AUGAACAAUGUUCAAAUUAAAUUCGAUAUUACUAGUCAUAGACCAUCGUAUGGUCCACGUGAAGUUCCAUUCACGAGAAUAGCACAUUGUACACAUCGAAAAGUCAAUCUAAUAGAAAUGUUACAUACAGUAGCCGAUAAUGGAUCCAAAAUACAUUUUAAGGGAAAAAAACAUUGUAAUUAUGAAAAAUUACCGGCUUUAAGUUGGUGGGGUAUUAUACCUGAUAAAAAGUCUAUGCUUGGACAUUCAGUUACUCAUUUUAAUACAGAUCGUUCAAAUACUUUUAAAGACAGCAAUCGGUAUGGUCCAAUCUGUUUUUCUAUACCAUUAGAAAAUGUACAAGGUGAAUUCUAUUGUGGUGGUACUCGUAUAUUUACACAUGAAUAUGCACAUACAACUAUUAUUAAUAUCAACAAGAAAUAUAUUCCAGAAAAAUAUUCGGAAAGUAAAUUUCGACGUGAUUCAGAAGUAGAUGAUCGAAAUACAGCACUUUAUUCUAUUAUUCCAGAAAAUUUAAUUAAUAUUUAUGGUGGUAAUCGUUAUUUAUGGCGAUGUUAUCGUUGGGGUAAUAAUGAAGAUUCGAAUAAAAUCAAUUAUAAAUGGGAUCAUCCAGAGUUUGCAAUUGUUGCUGGAAAGGAUGGUUUUGAUUUUAGUGCUGCUCAAGGUUUAAGAAUUCAUUUUGUUGAUCAUAAAAAUGCACUUUGUGUGAAAAGUAAACAUCCAUAUAACGAAAAUUGUGAUAUGUGUUGGACGGCAGAAGAAGCAUAUUUAAAAUUUUUACGUAUUAUACAUAAAAAUAAUAUGAUAUUUGAAAAUUUUCAACCUUUUUUUGAACAAAAAAUCUGGAAAGAAUUGGUUAUGAUUAAUAAUGAACUUUACAAAUGA